AUAAGACCGGUACAGUUGUUUACGAACGUUCAAUCGCGCCGAAGCGAAACUGCCCGUUAAAAGUUCCGUAAAUCCACGAGCUUCUUCAAAUCAACAAAAUCCUAUUCAGAUUUAAUAUUUCUUUGAAAUGUGAAAUCCAUAACUUUGUGUAAUUACGAGCACAAGUAUUAAGCUGCGUUGCGCAUCGUUUACGAAUGCUUCACGAGACGUCAAACGAGACGUUUCGUAUACAGUGAAUGUACUUCGCAAUUUCUAUGCGUUUAAAUUUUACAUUCGAUCGAACGUGCAGUCGUGGCUUCGCACCCACCUGUUGAGCCGUUGCAAAUACGUACAUGGCCCGAUCGUAGACGUGUCAUGUGACACAAAAUUCUAAUAGCGGAGGAAAAAAUUGUCCGUUCGUUGGAAUAAUGGAAGGUUGUAUCGAUAUGCGACUUCUAAUGAUUUGUGUAUUCUGAUGAAGCUAUAUACUGAAGUGGUCCAAGAUGAUAUGGCUUUUGUUCUUUGUUCUUCACGGAACACUAGCCAAUAAUAACAUGAUGAGAGACUUAGGGAUGAAAGAGUAUUUUUUGAUAAAAGCAAAAUCGUCGUUACCACAGCAUGGAAAAUGCUGGCACGCCGCGCUGCAAGCACUGGAAGGCAGCUGCGACAAGUUCAACGAUCAGGAACAUUCCCUUCUCGCCUUGCACUUGGCGAACUGUUUUCUAGAGGAUUCCGGUCACGCGACCUACGACUGCCAUCUGAGUCAAUCGGAAGAAGAGCGGCGGCAAUGCAUCAAUGGCAUGGCAGACAGAGCGUUCAGUGUUUACAGGGAAUUCUACACCCAUGCAACUCACAUUUGUUUCUUCUUGAAUCACGAGGCGUGGCAAGCCGAGGUUGACAAUACUAUAAAAUUAUUGUUUCAAGUAUCUUCACGAAUGAAGGAUCAACUUUUAGAAGCGUCGGAGAUGCAGGGCGUGAUACUAAAUAGUCAGAAGGAGGGCUUGCGCAUUCAAAACGAGCUUCUAGACCACGGCAAGGAACUUGGAACGGUAUUAAAGACCUCAUCCGAGACAGUUAACAAUAUGGUGUCGGAUUUCAAGGAGUCAGCCAAAGAUCAGAAGGAACUGCUUUAUGAGAUUUUUUCUUACAUGCGAGCUUUUCAAAGUUGGAUCAUUGGGGAAGUGUCCUGGAUUCAAUCCAUCAUAUUUUACAUCGUCAGCUGUAUUCUUUGCGCACUGUUCAGUUCGUCUAGAAGAACUGCGGACGCAAGAGUUACACUUUUUACUAUUCUAAGCUUAAACAUAGUAGCUGAGAGGGUACUGGUCCAGUAUUAUAAUAAUAUCGUACAUCAGUCUUCAGAAGACAAGGCACAACUGUUAAGUACGACCUGGUUAUACAGGAAAGUUGCCAUAACGCUUUGCGCCAUAACAUUGUUCUACACAUCUUAUUGUUACAAAGACGGGCAGCUAGAGAAUCAGAAGGCUUUACGAAGAAUCGAGCAACAGCUGGAUGUCAUAGAGAAAAUCACAACGAUCUCGAAUUCUCAACCGAUUCAGUUAACAACCGAGGAGAGCCUGCAGUACAUCAGGAAAUCCCUGAAAUCGGAGGACAUGGAUCACCUAGAAGGGACUCACUUCGACAUACACGUUCCACACACAUUUGUUAUUCUCGGAGCAUCUGGUGACCUCGCCAAGACGAAGAUCUAUCCGACUCUCUGGUGGCUGUUCCGAGAUAAUCUCCUCCCAAAACCCACCGCCUUCGUUGGUUACGCUAGGAGCAAGUUCACGCGAGAGAUGAUACGCAAAAAAUGCGAUCCGUACAUGAAAGUUAAAUCGAAUGAGACUGAAAAAUAUGAAGUAUUUUGGAAGCUGAAUAGUUACGUUGCUGGUUCAUACGACACGCGAGGAGACUUCGAGUUAUUGAAUCAUGAAAUAGAAAAGUAUGAACAAGGAAAGACCGCACACAGGAUAUUUUACUUGGCACUACCACCAAGUGUGUUCGAAGAUGUCACGGUGCACAUCAAAGCAGUCUGCAUGGCACCGAAAGGCUGGACGAGAGUAAUAAUCGAGAAGCCGUUCGGCCACGAUGCUACCUCGUCGCAGAAGCUCUCUGAUCAUUUGGCAUCGCUGUUCAGAGAAGAGCAGAUUUAUCGUAUCGAUCAUUAUCUCGGCAAGGAGAUGGUACAGAACCUGAUGACCCUGAGAUUCGGAAAUCGCGUAUUUAACCCGACGUGGAAUCGGGACAACAUUGCCUCGGUGCAGAUCACUUUCAAGGAACCGUUCGGUACGCUAGGCAGGGGCGGCUACUUCGAUCAGUAUGGGAUCAUCAGGGACGUGAUGCAGAAUCACCUGCUGCAGAUAUUAUCCCUGGUAGCCAUGGAGAAGCCUACGUCGUGCCAUCCGGACGACAUUCGAAACGAAAAGGUGAAGGUACUGAGAUGUAUCAAGGAGCUGCAGCUCGACCAGGUGGUACUCGGCCAAUACAUCGGCGAUCGGGGGAAGGCGGAGGAUUUGGCCGCGUAUAAGGGCUACCUGGAGGAUCCCACCGUACCAUCUGGGUCUAAAACGCCGACAUUCGCGUUAGCAGUGUUAAAGAUAAAUAACGAGAGAUGGGACGGAGUUCCGUUUAUUCUCAGAUGCGGGAAAGCUCUAAACGAGCGGAAAGCGGAAGUUCGAGUGCAGUAUCAAGAUGUGCCGGGUGACAUCUUUGACGGGAGAGCGAAGAGGAACGAGAUGGUGAUAAGGGUACAACCGGGCGAAGCGCUUUACGUUAAAAUGAUGACGAAGUCUCCUGGCAUCACGUUUGAUAUAGAAGAAACGGAGUUGGAUCUCACUUACGACAGUAGAUAUAAGAACUUGAAACUGCCAGAUGCUUAUGAAAGAUUAAUCCUGGAUGUAUUUUGCGGAUCUCAAAUGCACUUUGUGCGAAACGAUGAGCUGCAAGAAGCGUGGCGAAUAUUCACGCCGUUGCUGCAUGAAAUCGAAGAGAAGAAGAUACAGCCGAUUCCGUAUGUGUAUGGAUCGCGAGGACCGAUAGAAGCUGACGAUAUGGCGAGGAAGAACAAUUUUGUUUACUCUGGUUCAUACAAAUGGGUGGAGCAACAAUGAUGCUGACAUUCUGAGAAAUUUGGGAAGAUUUAUUUAAAGACACAAUUUUGUACUGCAACAUUCCUAAAACUUUCCAACAAAUGGUUAUUCUAACUUUUAUAAAAUUUUUGUCAAAUUUAUAUGUCAUUUUUUACCUUUUCUAUAACGUUUACAUACAGUCGAUUUCGCUUCAACGAUCUCGGUUCAGAGAUGCAAUUCUUCCUCCAUCAUUGUUAUUAGCAUUUCGGUAAAAAUAAAUAUAUCGGAGUUCCUGUACUUAGAUUGGUUUUAUUAAAUCUUGACAAUCGAAACAGUUUGGUGCCAAUCGCGAUAUACUCUGUACAAGUAUUUUCAAUAAAUUCAUAACUUAUACAGCACUAGA